UCAGAUUUAUUUUUCAAAAGUAUUUGAAAAAGCCACGAUGAAGAUUGCAACUCAAUUAUUACUUUGCAUUUUCAUGUUGUUACAAUUUUUCGUUGGACUUUCGGUAGAAUUUCAUAUUUCACAACUGUGGUCCAAUGACAAACCUGACCUGCUUAAGCCAAGACGUGAACCGAAUGUACAGAUUGUUUCGCUCAAAAAAGUUAAGGAAAAAUUCGUAACAGGAAAUUCAGCAGAGGAUUAUAUUGAUACAUAUAAUAUGAAAUACGAUAUGACUGCACAAACUCCGAUUAAGGAAGAUCCAAAUUGUGAAGCGGGAUUUAAGCGAGAUCGACGGGGAAUUUGCAGAGAAGUUUGGUGAAAUUUUUGUCGUGAAUAAAGCGAAAUCAAUUGUAGUUCAAUUUGUGAUAAAGUUCGAUAAAAGAUAGAAACGGUUUUUUUUUUAACUAAGUGCUUUUUUAGUUGUUAUAUUUGAAAGGCGCCCCUGACAGAGUGAGAAUUUACAUCACAAAGGAAUAAGUCUGAUUCAAAA